AUCAAGUUGGAGCCAAUGCGAUUGAGUCAUUCAAUGUAAUCGAAUUGAUAUUAGGCGCUUCUAAAGUAGCGAUCAAUUUGCGUGACAGAAAUCAUACGUGGUGGGACGCAUGUCGCGUCAUGACGCUUCAGAGGAGACGGAUCGCACAGAAUUCGUAAAAAAAUGUGCGUCGUGACUCAAUGGAUUUUCCUAAGUUUAUUCCUAUGUCUAUUACAAGGUCUCACGUUCGUUGGCCCUGCUGAAAUCGGACAGUUAACAUUUUGCGGAUCUUCUACAUCCAACGAUUCGCCUCGCAGUUUAUUGUUUGUUAGUACUUUGGAUGGAAAGGUUUCUGCAUUGGAUAUUGCCCAAAAUGGAGAAUUGCAAUGGAGUUUGGAUUUUAAUGACGGACCUAUGCUUUCGUCUAACAUCCAUAACAGAGAACUCAACAAUAAUGGACAAUGGGUGAGACUGAUACCUUCGUUGAACGGUGGACUCUACAAGUUCGAUGGUGAAAACUUGGAAUCUAUUCCAGUAUCGGCCGAGCAAUUGCUCCACUCUUCAUUUCGUUACUCGGAUGACUUAGUUUUCUCUGGUGGAAAAGAAACAAGAUCAUACGGAGUGUCUAGUAUAACAGGAAAGAUCUUGUACGAGUGUAAUAUUAAUGGUUGUGUUAAUAUAACCAAAUCCGAAGGCUACGUAGAUCAAGAAGUGCUUAUUGUCCAACGGUUUCAACAGACCGUCCGAGCUGUGGAGCCACGUACCGGAAUUGAAAGGUGGAAUUUUAGCGUGGGUCAACAUGACGUAACCCUUAUUUCUAACAUGAAUUUUGACUGUCAUGGUCAAGCUGGUGAAAAAUCAUCAAAAGCAUAUCCUAAUAUCGAUAUCCAAGUUAUAGUCCCAGAAGGUCUAGUGUGGGUAGUCGAUAAACGUAAUCCGAGCGAAAAACUGUGGCAACGCAAGUUUGACUCACCCAUUGUAUCGAUAUGGCGAGAGGACAGGACGGAAGUCCACAAUAGCCACAGAAUCCUGAAAGAAGUUAAUUUAUUUGACAAUACCCAAUGGUCCUGGGGAUCUGCAUAUUCAAACAGUCCUGGAAUUUACCUGGGCAUGCACGAUAAACAACUCUACAUUCAGGAAAACUCGGCAAUUUUCAAAGCGAUAGAACAUAAUGCACCAAAAGUAUUGAAUUACAAUAAGUUUCCUUGGCAGCCCCAUCCUGCUAUAAGCACUGCUUUAGCUACGACCGCCGACGAUAGUAGCGACGACAGGGACAGCUCCUUUAAAAUCACCGACGCUGAGAGCACCACUGCUCUCUCGGUAUUAUAUAAUUCCGAUUAUAUCAACGGGAAUGGGUAUUAUCUGUACUCAAAAGAGCAAUUACUGUUAAACAAUACCGAGUACUGUAACAAAAGCAGUUCCACGAGACUUUUACUCGAAUCAAUGGAAAACUCUUCGAUCGAAGAUUACGUGAACGAAACCGACGAUACUCCGGUGCAAGUGAUCAUCGUGUCAUUGUGGUAUUGGUGGAAAGAAGUCGUGAUAAUCUCCAUUACCACUGCGGUACUUCUGAAUUUUAUGUUAACGCAGAGACUGCUAAACGCCACAACGGCUGCGAGCGAGGCUGUAAUACCGCCGUUGAUAGUCGAAAGACACGUCCAGGCUGAAAAAGACGACCACAAUUCACACGAGGACGGGAAUCAAUCAAAUUUCAAGUCUCGCUACCUGACCGACUUCGAGCCUAUCGAUUGCCUGGGACGAGGAGGUUACGGGAUCGUUUUCGAGGCGAGAAAUAAAAUAGACGACUGCAAUUACGCCAUUAAAAGAAUAGCCAUCUCCAAUAGCCAAGACUCCAGAGAAAGAGUAAUGAGAGAAGUCAAGGCCCUCGCCAAGCUGGAUCACCACAACAUCGUACGAUACUUCAAUGCCUGGUUGGAGUGUCCGCCGGCGGGGUGGCAAGAAGAGCACGACCGCUUGUGGUACGACCGCUACGUUCUGUCCGCCUCGGACUUUACUUCCGAUUUGUCCCAGAGCGUGUCGAAACCGAACGCGUCGGUGUGCAUCGACGUCCCGCCGAGCGAUCAUUCUUCGGUGGACAGUGCCCGCGAUGCUCUCGAACUGAACCAGGCGGAUCCGGACGAACGCGACGAACGCGACGAACACUCGUACGUCGUCUUCGGCGCGUCGAGGAGCAACGGAUCCGCGGAGAGCGGUCUCUCCGGGGACCCGAAUUUCAUUCGCUACGACGACGCCAGUAGCAGCGUGGAUACAACGGACGUGUCCAUGUCGAGCGAGAGCAGUGGACAGGAAAGAGUAUUUCCAAGAGGGAACGAGGAAGAACGUUCCGAGUCGGUCGUCUUCUGCGCCGAAACGAGCGGAAGGUCCGUCGCGAAGGAGAAGACGAGCAACGGAAGAGACCCGUCUUUCGGUUUACUGAAUCGAAAAAAUAAACUCAUCGGUCGCAAGUCGACGAAGAUGUUCCUGUAUAUACAAAUGCAACUGUGUCAAAGACUGAGCCUUCGAGAGUGGCUGAAGCAACGGUCCUCCUCGAGGGACCCUCAUCGGGUGGUGAAUAUCUUUCAGCAGAUCGUCGACGCAGUCGAGUACGUUCAUCUCCAGGGUCUCAUUCACCGGGAUUUGAAGCCCUCGAACAUAUUUUUCGCAUACGACGAGAAGAUAAAAAUUGGGGACUUCGGGUUGGUCACGGCGAUGACCGAAGGGUACGAAGAGGCGAACGGCGUCGACCAGCAUUCCUCGCUUACUUCAAGGAACGGAAUGCACACCGCGCGAGUCGGCACUCACUUGUACAUGUCACCGGAACAGAAAAACGGCCAAGUGUACAAUUACAAGGUGGACAUUUACUCCCUCGGGAUAAUACUAUUCGAGCUGCUGAUACCCUUCUUAACCGACAUGGAAAGGAUCGUCUCGUUGACGAACCUGAGGAAGUCGAUCUAUCCCAAGGACUUCGCCCUCCAGCAUCCGGCCGAGUACAACUUGCUGAGGAUGAUGCUGGACGAGAAUCCGUGCAUGAGGCCGACGACCUUAGGAAUAAAGGCACGACCUCCUUUGUGCAACACCGGCGUCACCGGCGGUCUCGGCACCGUCGACGGCAGCAGGUGGCACUUUGAGUUGCCGCAAACAACCAGGCAUCCCUCCGUAACGAGUAGCAGCAGCAGCAGCGAGUCCUGGGAGAACGUUAACUGAAAGGAAACGGAACUACGUGAGCCGCCGUACAUCGCGAACGAGAGCAGCAAAGAUACCCGUUAACGCGGUCUCAUUUUGAUUUUUCAACCGACGGAAAAUCAACCAUCGGUCCAAACGCUUCUUCCUGGGGUUGGAUGGUUGACUGUCGAGUCGGUAACGGGUUCCGCUAUAUCUUUAGUCCACAUUUUUUUUUUUUUAACAUUCCUGAAAAUACCGACACAAGCAACGAUCGGAUCUCUGCGGUGUCACGUUUCGUCGCAACGUGAACGCAAAGUACUUUGGAUUGAAAGUUAUACUGGAUCGGAAUCCCGGUCCUGUGAAAAUGCGCUUGGCUGUGCCAAUUAUCUUUCAAGGGUACGUCUUCUAAUUCUGUAGAAGGCGGCGAUUAGGGCGAAUGUCUAUUUUAAAUAUUUCCCACGGUGCAGGCUAAGGAUACGUGGGGUUAACUUAACGUUUUAGGAAACGUAGUUGUAAGAUAACGUACAAAUGUAAGUGCAAUCAAAUUAGGACAUACGGUGGGAAGCAUUUGAUCGAUUCUAUCGUGGUUAUCGGUAUCGAAUAGGCGUUUGCCUCCACGAGUACGUUCCGUAUAAAACGAUUUAAAUUUUUCACUAAAACCUUUCAACGGGCAUUGGGUCGCUAAAAUCCGUGAAUCGAUAAAUUAACGCGAGCAACUUUAACUCGUUAAUCCUUUUUUCCUCCUUCGUCGAUAAGUAGUUAUCAAUAUAUUUAUUUAAACCCGAUCACCUCCAGUUUUCAAUUUCUUAAAUGAAAGGUGUAAUAAUUAAGGACUAAGCGACGGACCCUAUUUCGCAGAUUCGAGAAGAACGAGACAGAGGUCUAUUGCUCCAAAUUUAUUAUGAUACAUAUAAAAAAGUUAUCUCAAACAAAAUAAAUAUCCUCGAGUAACGUGGA